AUGAGUGAUAAAGGGUUAAUCAAGGGGGUUCUUGACUUGGACCCAUGGUUAGAACCAUUUUCCAAGGAAUUGAUCGACAGGCAAGUAACUUUCCGUGAUUGGCUUUCCAAACUUGACUCCAGUGAGGGGUCAUUACUAAACUUUGCUGAUUCUUACAGGACUUAUGGGUUACAUGCAACUACCCGUGGAUACAAGAUUGUGGAAUAUAUUCCUGAUGUUGAACAAGUUAGUUUAGUGGGUGAUUUCAAUAAUUGGAAUAUUGAAUCACAUCAAUUGAAAAAAGUUAAUAAUUUUGGUCGAUGGGAAUUGGAUAUUGAAGGUGAUGGAGUCAUUCCUCAUGAUUCAAGGUACAAGGUUGCUAUGAAGUUACCUAGUGGGGAAUGGAUUUAUCGAUUGGAUCCUUGGUGUCAAAGAGCCACGUUCAAUAAGGAUGAUAACUUAUACGAAGGGAGAUUUUGGAAUCCACCAGCUUCAGAAGUGUAUCAGUUUAAGAACAAAAGACCAGUGUUGUCACAAGGUAUUAAAGUAUAUGAAGCUCAUGUUGGUAUUUCUACGCCUGAACCCAAGAUUGGUACAUACAAAAACUUUACCAAAAACAUUUUGCCCAAGAUUCAUGAAUUAGGAUACAAUACUAUUCAAUUAAUGGCCAUUAUGGAACAUGCAUAUUAUGCAUCAUUUGGGUAUCAAAUCACAAGUUUCUUUGCUGCUAGUUCAAGAUAUGGAACACCAGAAGAUUUAAAAGAGUUGAUUGAUACUGCUCAUGGAUACGGAAUUAGAGUCUUGUUGGAUGUGGUUCAUUCACAUAGUUCAAAAAAUGUUGCUGAUGGGUUGAAUAUGUUUAAUGGAACUGACCAUUACUUGUUUCAUGGUGGUGGCAGAGGAAACCAUGAUUUAUGGGAUUCUCGUUUAUUCAAUUAUUCAAGCUAUGAAACAUUGAGGUUCUUGUUGUCUAACUUGAAAUUUUAUCUUGAUGUGUAUCAAUUUGACGGAUUUAGAUUUGAUGGGGUUACAAGUAUGUUGUAUAAACAUCAUGGAUUGAGCUUUGGGUUCAGUGGAGACUACAAUGAGUAUUUCAACGAAGAAUGGGCUGAUAAUGAAGCUAUCGCUUAUUUAAUGUUGGCACAUCAAUUAAUGAAAGAUAUAAGCAAAAAAGAACACAUUGAGAUUACAUCCAUCGCUGAAGAUGUUUCGGGAAUGCCUACCUUAUGCCGUCCAAUUGAUGAAGGUGGAAUUGGAUUUGACUAUAGAUUAUCUAUGGCAAUUCCAGACAUGUGGAUAAAGAUCUUGAAACACCAAAAGGAUGAAGAUUGGGAUCUUGGUAACAUUGUUCAUACUUUGAUCAAUCGUCGUCAUGGCGAAAAAUGUAUCAGUUAUUGUGAAUCCCAUGACCAAGCAUUGGUUGGAGAUAAGACAUUGGCUUUCUGGUUAAUGGAUAAAGAGAUGUAUACCAAUAUGUCUAAGCUUAGCGAAUUAACACCAGUCAUUGAUCGUGGAUUGGCACUACACAAGCUCAUCAGAUUAGUAACUUUUGCCCUCGGUGGAGAAGGCUAUUUAACUUUUGAAGGAAAUGAAUUUGGUCAUCCUGAAUGGUUGGAUUUUCCUCGUGCUGGAAAUGGGGAAUCAUAUCAUUAUGCCAGAAGACAAUUCAAUUUAAUUGACGAUGAUUUGUUACGAUACAGAUAUCUUUUUGAUUUUGAUGCUGCAAUGCAACAUUUGGAUGUAUUGGAUUCACCUCAAGCUUAUGUAUCAUUGAAACAUGAACAAGAUAAAGUAUUGGUAUUUGAAAGAAAUGGAUUAUUGUUUAUAUUCAAUUUCAAUCCAACACAAUCUUUUACUGAUUAUAAAGUUGGGGUUGAGACUGCUGGAAAGUAUGAGAUUAUCUUGAAUUCAGAUGAAGCAAAGUUUGGUGGUCAUGAUAGAAUUCAAGAUCCAGUGCCAGGUAAGAAGCAAGAAUUUUUCACCAAUAAUGAUCCUUGGAAUAAUCGCUCCAACUCAUUAAUGGUUUACAUUCCAAGCAGAACUGCCAUUGUUUUGAAGAAGGUAGACUAA